AUGUCGAACCAUUCCAACGAUUCAUUAGAUUCACUCUUUGACUACGGGCCGAGCCGUGUAGACGCCGAGGCGAGAGGUGUAACAGGGUCCUCCGAGGCGUCUAUCUCGCCGAGCCCUUCUAACCGUUCAUCCGAAAGCAACGAGGCGUCGAAUUGCUCAAGUCCGUCAGGCGCUCGCUCUCCAGAUGACGAGCCGUCGGUUUCGACGAGCCGCCCUCAAGGUCCCGCUCUCGACGAAGAUGUUAAUCAUGCUGCAGUGAAAGCUGAGGAGGAAGCGUUUCCCUUUGAUCUGUUCGAGGCGAAGCGUGAAUUAGAACGUCUCAUGGCAUCCCGAGGUGCUUCUUCAUCUGGGCGAGGGAAGCCAAAACGAGUGAAAAGACAAAAACCUGACCCGCCCGGCUCUACGCUCUCCUCCCCUGACUCACUCGAGGCGUUGAGAUGUCGUUUCGAGAUAUCCAAGGCGUUCCCGAUCCCCGGAGUUAUCCUUGAGUACCUCUGGAAACAUGGGAUCUCAAUCGGGCAGAUCAUGCCGAGGGGUCUGCGGCACAUGAUCGGUAUUCUGGUUCGAAGUUUUGAAUGCGGGCUCGAUAUCGAACUGAAUCACCUGCUAAACUUGUUGGAGAUCAGAAAAGCUCCGAAGGGAGACAGAUUUUACAUCUCCAACAAGUCCAACCGCCGGAUCAUAGGUGGUUUUCCAAUCAAGGAUCAGUUUUGGACCGAGCGCUUCUUCUUUGUCUUGGUGAAUGAGGCGUCAGUCGGCGAGGAUUACGUUCAAAAAACCAAGACUGCUUGGGGACCACUUGUUCGGAACAUUCUUCCCCUAAUUCCUGACGACCUCUUUGUUGUCCGAGAUUCUCUUGUGGCUCGGAGAGUUAAUUGGAGGAAGCAUUUUACAUUCGAGAGAGUGGAAAGAGCACGAACCAUUCUUGCCGGAGUUCCUGUUAGCUCUUCGUCUUCAAAUUCCUCACUAGACACAAGGGAGAAAAUGGUGAUCAUUACUCUUAGAGAUAAGAAAAGGCGUGAAGAAGAAGAAGCUGUGAGACGAGCCGUUGAGGCGGCUCAAACAGAGACCGAGGCUGUCCCUCAGGAUGAUCCGCCGAGCCGUGAAGGUGAAGGCAUGGUCCAAGCCGCGGAGGCGAACAUUGCCGAGAUGACUGAGAAAGAAGCAGUGCCCGAGGUGGAACCGGGCUCUUUCGAAGUCAUCGAGGCCCCGACUUCGGUUUUACAGAAGCAUGAUUCUGGCCGAAAACGUUCGGCCGCUGAUAAGGGGAAGGGCGUAGCUAUUCAAAAGGACGAGCCGGCCAAGAAGAAGCGCAAGCAGGCUCCCGGUGAUCCCGCUUCAUGCAAACUGGUCGUCGACGACCCUGACGCCUCGGCAAUGAUGUUUACACAUGUUAACAAUGAGAACACGCGUCUUCCUCCUCUUGAGAAGCUGAGGAGACCGAGGUCGUAUGGCGCGAGGGCACAGCGCGGUACCAAGUUUGUAGCAGCCAUCAACGAGCUGAUGGCUGAAUACGAGGCGGACCUGUCCAAGGUCGAACGUCCCCUGGACGAGGCCCGGAACGAGACCGCGGCGGCGAAGGGGAAGCUGGACGAGGCGAUGACCAGGGUGUCGAGGUUUCCGCCUCGGUGA